AUGAAAUAUAACAAAAUUUACCUAUUACAUUUAAUUAUUUCUAUGGUCUUCUGCUAUUUAAUACCUUUUGCCUUUGCUAGUCUUAAUGAGGGUCCAACUAAUCCUGCUACUAUUUCCUCAACCACAACUCCUUUAAAUUGCACAGAAAUUAUUUGUGAAAAAAUAUCAAAAUGUUCUUUCCCACAUAUUAUUAUCAAAGAUCCAAGUAAUCCAUGUUGUUUAUUAUGCUUUUAA